AUGGGAGAUGAAGCACAUCAAUUGGGUUCUUCAUCAUCAAUGGUGCAAAUUGUUUCGGUGUUUAAUCUGGAGAAUACCACUUUUUCAAAGGACAAGAUUGGUUAUGGAGGAUGUCGGUCAGUAAAUGAAUUCGAAAAAAUGAAUCGGAUUGGUGAGGGUACAUAUGGCAUUGUAUACAGGGCCAAGGAUGUGAAAACUGGAGAAAUUAUAGCACUGAAAAAGGUAAGAAUGGAUGAGAAAAGUGAAGAGAACGGAAUUUCAAUAUCAGCAAUUCGUGAAAUUCAUUUACUCAUGAGUUUGCAUCACAAAAAUAUCGUUCAGUUGAAGGAAAUCGUAGUAGGGCAACAGUUGACUUCAAUUUUCUUGGUUAUGGAAUAUUUACCAUUUACAGAACCACAAGUUAAAUGCAUUGUAAUGCAGUUACUAAAAGCUUUGGUUUAUUUGCACGGAAAACACGUAGUUCAUCGAGAUUUGAAGGUGUCUAAUCUUCUCUUAACAGACGAUGGUUGUUUGAAAGUUGCUGAUUUUGGAUUAGCGCGAACGUUCGGAGAACCUUCCAAGCAGAUGACACCAAGAGUUGUUACUUUAUGGUACCGUAGUCCGGAAUUAUUAUUUGGUGCAAAAGAACAAAGUACCGGUGUUGAUAUGUGGGCAACAGGGUGCAUUCUUGGAGAAUUACUCAUACACCGACCUCUUUUACCAGGGAAAACCGAACUUGAUCAGAUUAACAGAAUAAUCGAUUUGCUUGGUACUCCGACAGAAAAGAUAUGGAAAGGAAUCGAGGAGUUGCCUGUUUUGCGUAAUUUCCAGUUACGCUCCCAACCGUACAAUAGGUUAAAAUGUGUGAUGGAACGUGCUAGUGAUAGUUGCCUGCAACUGUUAAAUGGCUUCUUCACUUAUGAUCCAUCUCUCAGAAUUUGUGCAAAGGAUGCACUACGUUCUAGAUAUUUCAAUGAACCUCCGUAUCCAUGUGAUGCAAGCAUGAUGCCAUCAUUUCCGCAGCACCGAAAUCGAAAACGUAAAAAAAAGCAAUGA